AUGGCAUCUGCUCUUCCAGCCUUCCCCCGGCUGGUGUUCACCAUCUUCGAGCCCAUCUCACUCGUCGGUGGCUUCUUGGGACCAGUGAUCAAUCCGGAUUGGUUUAUAUCCGAGCAGAUCGUUGGGAGCGCGGGCUCGGUCGUUCCGCCCAUUCCGGCGUCUGAUAAUGACCGUCUCGUGGCACUCCAGCUUGGCAACCUCUACCUACUCCUGGCCAUGAUCGGCCUUGCCGUGCUCAAUCUCACGAGCGAGAUCAAGGUUGUGCGCGGCUACCUCGUUGCUCUCUGGGUAGCCGACAUUGGCCACAUCUACGCCUGCUACCACUUCCUGGGUCUCGACCGAUUCCUGGACGUUACGCAUUGGAACGCCAUGACUUGGGGCAAUGUGGGAGUAACGGUGCGACCACCUGCCGACCCUCCAUGA